AUGGCAAACAGGCUAAUCAUUAUGACAGCUAUCGCUUUCAUUUUAUCCUUAAAAGCUAGAAGAAAUCUCGUUGUAGCCUGCCAGAGUAUGCCAAUGCAAAAUCGACAUCCGAUCACUAUCUUGGGAGGCUUUAGUUUAAGUGGUGGCUGGAUUGGUGGUGGCUCUGUUGGUGCUGCCAUACUAGGACUACAGCAUAUCAACCAAAAUUCAUCUUUACUACCCAAAUACUACUUAAAUAUGACAUGGAGCGACACCAAGUGUCAAGCAGGAUCCGGUGUGGAAGCUCUAUUUAAUCAGUUAAGUAUAGAACCGGUUAAAAUGUUAGUUUUAGCUGCAAGCUGUUCAGUCUCCACCAUACCUCAAACGCAAUUCUCUCAGCAUUUCAAAAUUCUACAGUUAUCUUAUGCCGCUGCAUCGCCAUUAUUGAAUAAUCGCAAGAAGUAUCCAAAUUUUUUCCGAACUUACCCAUCGGAUACCAACCUCAACCCUACUCGAAUUCAGUUGUGUAAAAGAUUUAAAUGGAAAAAUAUUGCAAUCAUAUAUGAGAAUGAUGAUACGAGGGUUUUCUACGAGGCUUUGAAGCCAUUAUUAACUUUAGCCAAAGAAAAUAACAUAACUAUCACUGCACUACAAAGUUUUAUACCUGGAAGUGAUCCAUUAGAUGCUCUAAUGAAUAUAAAAGAAGUGAAAACAAAGAUUAUUGUAGGAGGAUUCUACGCAAAAGCGAGUCGUGCUGUUUUUUGUCGGGCCUAUCAUUUAAAUUUAACUGGCCCAAGUUAUGUAUGGAUGAUCUAUGGCUGGUAUGGAGAGCAGUGGUGGAAAACUCCAAAUGGAGUACAUAUUGGAGAUGUUUACUGCAAUAAUUCACAAAUGGAACAAGCUGUCGAAGGCUAUUUCUCUACAGAAGCCGUUCCUAUCUCAGUUCUACAUAAAAAAACAAUUUCUGGACUGACCCCAUCAGAAUGGGUUAACAUUUACAGCAAGUAUCAGGAACACCCAAAAUUGCCAAAAGGAUCUGAAGAAUUAGCAGCAUUUGCCUACGAUGCAGUUUGGGCAAUAGCUUUAAUGCUAAAUCAAUCCAUACCGAAAUUGGAAGCUAUCAAUAAAUCCUUACACAAUUUCAAGUAUUACGAUCAAGAUUUUUAUCGCAUUCUGAAAGAAGAAAUGUCCAAAGUCUCCUUUCUUGGCAUUACGGGCCCAGUAACGUUUUCAUCUACCGGUGAUCGAUUAGGCCCAAUGCUAAUCGAAAGACAAGUCAAUGGAAAAGAGAUUGCGAUCGGAAGAUAUUAUACGAAUCUAAAAAAGACUGUCUGGAAUUAUUCGGUUGAAAUGGAAUGGAAAUUACCGGGCAACAGGACGCCGACAGAUCAAGUCAAAAUAAUUACUGUCGAUAUAACUGUGCCGCUAUCAAUUUAUAUUUCUAUGAGUGCACUAGCAUGCUGCGGAAUCAUAAUGUGUAUCGGCUUUAUAAUUAUAAAUAUAAGCUACAAAAGAUAUAAGAUUAUUAAGUUAUCAAGCCCAAAUUUAAGCAACUUCAUUGCCGUUGGCGCAAUUUUAUGCUAUAUAUCCGUUAUUUUAUUAGAUCGAUACACUGAAUUAGCCCCUAUCCAUGGUCUCGUUGCUAUUUUGGCUUGCCUGGGAGAAGUAUGGUUUCGAGCUAUAGGGUUUACUAUGGCAUUUGCAGCUUUAUUCGCUAAGACUUGGAGAAUAAAAACUAUCUUUAAUUCUACUAUAAUAGUCAAAAGAAAGGUCAUGCGAGAUCGAAGCCUAUAUGGUAUUGUUUUUGCAGCUGUUCUUGUGGAUAUCAUAUUACUAUCCCUACAACUGGCAAUUGAUACAACCACAAUUGAAAUUAAAAAUCAAUAUGUUUCAUCUGAAUUGAACGGCUACGAAGACACUAUUUAUAAUUACAUUCGACAUGAAUGCACAUCCCAAUAUGCUAUUGCUUGGAGCAUUCUUCUGUGGGGAACGAAUGGUGUUUUGCUAUUUUAUGGGGCCUUUCUGGCAUGGAAAACAAGAAAAAUUCAGCUAUCUGUUGCUAAUGACUCUAAAUUCAUUGGCUUGGCUAUUUACAACGUUACAAUUUUUGUCAGUUUAGGCAUAUUUGUUAGUAUUACGCUACGUGAUAAAAUUUUAGCCUUAAAGCAUGAAUUGAAUCACAAAAAAGACGUUCGAUUAUCAAUUCAUAAUUUAAGUGUGAAUCUUAGAACUAUUACUCGGCUCCAUCUAAAUGAUUUUGAACCUAGAAAUAACUUAGAAAGAGACUGUUCAGAUUCAUCACUAGAUACCAAAAUCCAUAAGCAAAAAUUGAAGAUACUAGAAUUGAAAAAUCAACUUAAUGAAAGGGAUUCAAUUAUGCAAAGAAUAACAUCAGGCCCAAAACUAACAGAAGAAUCGAAAGCUAUUUCUACUUCCGAUUACCUUGACAUUAUUUGCGAUGGAAUUAUAAUGAGCACUACUUAG